AUGUUGUCCCAUUUUAAAACAGUUUUCAUUUCCUCUUCUUCCACAGAGCCCAAGCUAGCUCCUAAAGGUAAAAAAGUCACAGGGAACCACAAAGAUUUGAUUCCAUAUGUGAAAAAUGAUAUUUCCAUCACCAAAUCACAACUAAAGAAGUAUAGCACUAAAAAACAACUGGUUAGUAAAAUAUUACAGCCAAUGGACAAUUAUUACAAUACCGAGAAGCAAAAAUUGCAACAAAAAUAUAAUUACAACAAUCUGAAUGAAUUUUAUGAUGAAUUAUUUAACUUAUACAAAAAGCAACUUGAUGAGUGUAGUGAAUUACUAGAACUUGCUCAGAAUAAUUAUACACAUUCAUUAUAUCAAAAUAGUUUGGAAAAUCGUAAAUUAUCAAAUGCUUCAAGAAGUAAUUCGGUAUUUUCAAGAAAUUCUUUACCAAGCACUUCUUCUUCGGCUUCUACUUCUUCCGAAGAAAUCCCUGAUCAUUUAUUGGACCCAAUAUCUUUUGAAAUGUUUACCAACCCAGUGAUUACACCAAGUGGUAUCACCUAUGAAAAAGCCCAUAUUUUAGAACAUUUAAAAAGACGUGGGAAAUUUGAUCCCAUAACAAGACAAGAAUUAACUGAAGAUCAGUUAUAUCCAAAUCUUACAAUAAAAGAGGCAGUAGAUUCAUAUAGAGCAACAAACUCGUCAUAG